AUGACGGAGAGCUCUCCGGAGCCAUUGGAUGAUUUGUACGAAGAACGUGUACGUCGUCCAGUUGUAAGAUGGCAAAGUAUGAAAGAAGAUGGAAAAGAUGCAAAUGGAUUACGAAGAACAGAGACGUUACCGGAGAUGCGACCAGGGAGACGUGGUGGAAGAAGACGUCUUCGACCCAGAAAUAAUAACGACGAAGAUGGCGAUUCCCAUGGAUCUCUCCAACACAGUUUCCUACGAGUACCCGUCGGUCUAUCAGGUCGAUCAUCUCCAUCCGUGGCAUCAAUGGGUUCAGAACCAGAAUCAUGUAUUGAUGAUACCAGAUACAUGACAGACGAUGAUGAUCCAAUAGGUACGCUCUUUUUGUAUUUUUUCUGCAGAUGGGAAAUCCCUAAAAGCGCUUGGAGGGAGAAACAUUAA